AGCAGAGCUGGGCGGAGCAGCGGGGCCACCAUGAUCAUAGAGAACGUGGACGCUCUCAAGUCUUGGCUGGCCAAGUUGCUGGAGCCGAUAUGUGAUGCAGACCCCUCAGCCUUAGCCAACUAUGUUGUGGCAUUAGUCAAGAAAGACAAACCAGAGAAAGAGCUGAAGGCUUUCUGUGCUGAUCAGCUGGAUGUCUUUCUGCAAAAAGAAACUUCAGGUUUUGUAGAUAAACUUUUUGAAAGUCUGUACACAAAGAGUUAUCUUCCUUCUCUUGAACCCACGAAAGUAGAAGCAAAGCCUGCAGGUCAGGAAAAAGAAGAAGUCAAGGAGGAGAAUUUUCAAGAGCCAGUUGAAGAAGAGCGGGAUGGCAGGAAAAAGAAGUAUUCCAGUCCGCAGAGAAGCCGUGCAGAUUCCAGUGAACAAAGAACCAGAGAGAAAAAGAGAGAUGAUGGAAAAUGGAGGGACUAUGACAGAUACUACGACAGGAGUGACUUGUACAGAGAGAAGUCUGGCUGGCGACGUGGCAGGAGUAAAAGUCGUAGUAAAAGCAGAGGGUUAAGUCGAAGUCGUAGCCGCAGCAGGGGUAGAAGCAAAGACCGUGAUGCAAACAGAAGUGUUGAGCACCGAGAGAGAUCAAAAUUCAAGAGUGAAAGAAACGAUGUUGAAGGCUCAUAUAAUCCAGUUUCUGUGUCUCCCAGUAAAUCUGCUGAACAGUAUUCCUCUGCACAAUCUAUUCCCAGUGCUGUUACUGUAAUUGCACCUGCGCACCAUCUUGAAAACACAACAGAGAGCUGGUCAAAUUACUAUAACAAUCAUAGCAAUCCCAGUUCAUUUGGCAGAAACCCUCCUCCUAAAAGAAGAUGUCGAGAUUAUGAUGAGCGAGGAUUUUGUGUACUUGGUGAUCUUUGCCAGUUUGAUCAUGGAAAUGAUCCUUUAGUAGUAGAUGAAGUUUCCUUGCCAAGUAUGAUUCCUUUUCCUCCACCACCUCCGGGAAUUCCUCCUCCUCCUGGUAUGCUUCUGCCCCCUUUGCCAGGUCCAGCUCGUAAUAUGAGGUUGCCAGUUCCACAAGCUCAUCCACAGGCACCACCUCCUGUUGUGCUUCCCGUACCAAGACCACCUUUAACACAGUCAAGUUUGAUAAAUAAUCGUGACCAGCCUGGGACAAGUGCAGUGCCCAGUCUUGCACCCAUAGGAGCAAGACUACCUCCUCCUUUACCCCAGAACCUACUGUAUACAGUAUCAGAACGUAAGCAAAUACCUUUUUUUAAAAUCUGCUUGAGAUAUAAAUUUUAAAAUUCCUCUCAACCUCUGAUUCUUGGACAUCCAUGCAUUUCCUUAAAGGAAAAUUAACCCUGAGUCUUAAACUCAUUUGAAAAAUUCUUUCAUUUCUCUCCUUUUUUUAUAGAUACAUAUGAGCCAGAUGGCUAUAACCCUGAAGCUCCUAGUAUUACCAGUGCUGGUAGAUCUCAGUAUCGACAGUUCUUUACAAGAGCACAAACGCAGCGUCCAAAUCUAAUUGGCCUAACAUCUGGGGAGAUGGAUACAAAUCCAAGAGCUGCCAAUAUUAUCAUCCAGACUGAACCUCCCAUUCCCAUUACAAAUAAUAGCAGCAAUGUAACUAGAGUUGUCCUUGAACCAGACAGCAGGAAAAGAUCUCCAAGUAGCAUGGAAUGUCCACCAUUAAAGAAACCAUGGCUGGGAAAGCAAGCAAAUAACAACCAGAAUAAGCCAGGAUUUUUGAAAAAGAAUCAGUAUACUAAUACAAAAUUAGAAGUUCGAAAAAUUCCACCAGAAUUGAACAAUAUUACACAGCUCAAUGAACAUUUCAGCAAAUUUGGAACUAUUGUAAACAUUCAGGUUGCUUUCCAGAAUGAUCCUGAAGCUGCUCUAAUUCAGUACUUAACUAACGACGAGGCUAGGAAGGCAAUUUCCAGCACAGAGGCAGUUCUGAACAAUCGGUUUAUAAGGGUACUGUGGCACAGAGAAAGUGAACAGCAGUCCCCAUUGCUGCAGCAACAACAGCAGCAGACACCCACACAGUCUCUUCAUCACCAACUUCAUCUUCAGCAGCAAGCCCUGACCACAGCUCCAGCUGUAACAAUGCAUAGCAAUCUGUCAAAGGUGAUGAAUAAACCACUGGCAUCUGGUGCCUAUGUCCUUAAUAAAGUCCCAGUGAAACGUCGCCUUGGAGCAGCAGGUGGAAACCAGCCUGACUUAAGCCAGUCUGGGGCUGUGGUAGAGGAUUCUCAGACAUUUCCUACUUCUACAAGCCACUCAAAAAUGGUUUACAGUUCUUCAAACUUAAAGACAUCUAUGAAGCCUGGUGCAGGGUCUAAACCUCACGAUGUGCAAGAAGCCCUUAAAAAAAAACAGGAGGCAAUGAAACUCCAACAAGACAUGAGGAAAAAGAAGCAGGAGAUGUUAGAAAAACAAAUAGAAUGCCAGAAGAUGUUGAUAUCCAAGCUGGAGAAAAACAAGGCCAUGAAACCAGAAGAGAGAGCAGAAAUAAUGAAGACCUUAAAAGAACUAGCAGGAAAAAUAUCUCAGUUGAAGGAUGAAUUAAAAACUUCAUCUACAACCUCUACACCAUCAAAAUUGAAGUCCAAGACAGAGGCACAAAAGGAACUUUUAGAUGCAGAACUGGACUUCCAUAAGAGACUCUCUUCUGGAGAAGACACAACAGAACUGCGAAAAAAGCUAAAUCAGUUACAAGUAGAGGCUGCCCGUUUAGGCAUCUUGCCUGUCGGUCGAGGAAAGACAGUGCCAGCCCAAGGAAGAGGACGAGGAAGGGGUCGUGGUGGGAGAGGAAGGGGCAUGUUGAAUCAUAUGGUGGUGGAUCAUCGGCCCAAAGCACUAACAGUUGGAGGCUUCAUUGAAGAGGAAAAAGAUGAAUUGUUACAGCACUUCUCUGCUGCUAACCAAGGAUCCCGGUUCAAAGACCGACGGCUACAGAUAUCAUGGUACAAACCUAAGGUACCUUCUGUGUCCACAGAAAUCGAGGAAGAGGAGUCUAAGGAAGAGGAGACUGAAACCUCAGAUUUAUUUUUGCACGAAGAUGAUGAUGAUGACGAUGAAGAUGAGGAUGAAUCCCGUUCUUGGAGAAGAUGAAACUUGAUGUCGGAAAUGUAUAAUUUUAGGAAUAUAGUUCAAGCUACAUCUUUUAAACGUUUAUUUAAGGAAGUUGAUGAGCCAAAAAAGCUUUACUUUCUUUUCAAACCACAAGAUUUAAAGUGAGCAAAGUUUGUUAUAAAAACAUUUCGGAUAUAGAGCUGUGAUAUUAAGCUAGCCAAAGGCCCAGUAACGUUUUACAUAAUUACCAAGCUCACCAGGGUGGUGAUUUUUUUUCUAUUUAAGAAGGAUAAAAAAGGGGGAGGGGGAAUAUUAGUAUUUUCUUGUCCUCUUUUUGUGUCACCUGUAUUACCUUGUUUGGGGUUUUUUACAAUGUGAUUGAUUUGUUAGCUUAUAAUUGAAAAGAUAUUACAGGUUUUAUUUAGCAAUAUUAUGGGGUUAGGGAAAAGACACAAACUUUCAUUAAAUGUUAUGAAAGAAAAAAUUGCCUCAUUUGCUAAUUGAAAAGGGGUACCAUUUUAUUUCAUAUGGAAUCACUUACUGUAGGAGUUAUUUGUGGCUAGAUUCAUAAAUCAUUUAUUUCAAUAUAUUUGAAAGCCACACCAUUUCCGUGUUCUACUGCUUUUUGUGAGAGGAGAUGGAAGAAGCAAUUUAACAGGGUAUUAUUACAAUAUUGUCCAGUUCACUCUGUUUCUUCAAAUUCUGCUUCACAGAAAACAUCAGCAAUGACACAUUUGAGUGAAUUUUCACUCACUGUUGAUGUACUUCUCUAGUUGCAGUAUAAGGUUC